AUGCACUUCUCUACCCACGUUGUGACUGCCUUGGCCAUCGCGGCUGGUACUGCUAGCGCCGCUGAUCUUCAACAGAGGGGAAACGCUAUUACUACGACCAUCUGUGAAACAAGUGUGAUCAAUGUCCCUCAUGCUACCGCCCCAGCUGGUCACCCCGAGGCACCCGCUGCUCAGCAUAGUGCCCCCGCCGGUCACCCUGAAGCUCCUGCUGCCCAGUCCAGUGCUCCCGCUGGUGGCAAGCCUGAGGAACCGGCUGCUCACCCCAGCGGCCCCGGUGGCAAGCCGGAAACCCACCACCAAGGCAAGCCCGAGGCCCCUGCUGGAAACCCCAGCGCUCCUGCUGGUAGCCCUGAGGGUUCUAGCGGCCACCCCAGUGCUCCUGUGAGCCAGCCCAGCGGCAAGCCCGAGGGACACCCCAGCGCCCCCGUCUCUGAGCCCAGCUCGCACCCGGCCCACUCGAGCGCUCCUGGCUCCAAGCCCAGCGUCCCCAUCAUCCACUCCAGUGCUCAGGCCAGUCCUCCCGUCUCCGAGGCACCCAAGGCCACCCCCAGCAUCUCUCUGCCCAAGUACCACAACUCCACCACCCCCAAGUACCACAACUCGACUACUCCCCAGUCCACCAGCUCCUCUGGCGGUCAUGGCGGCAACGGUGGUGACAACGGCGGUGAGGUUCCCAAGCCCACCGCCACCGGCUUCACUCCUGCCAACCCCGGCUCCAAGAUCAUCAUUCCCGGCCUUGCGGUUGCGGGCAGCGUCGCCAUGGGACUGCUUCUCGUGGCCUAA